CACCAUUCCCCUGUGGCACCCUUUUCGCUUUGCAGACGAGCCGGGCAAUGGGUCGUCCUCGUCCCGGGCCGGCUCGACCACGAUCCACCCGCUGUUCGGUGGGGGCGCCUGCCGCUGGCCCGGCUGCGAGCGCGUGUUCGACGAGUUCGACGACUUCUACAGCCAUCUGCACUCGGACCACAUCAACGGCGACUACUCGGCGGCCCAGGCCCGCAUCCAGAUGGAGGUCGUCUGCCAGCUGCACCUGCAGCUGCAGAAGGAGCGCGACCGGCUGCAGGCGAUGAUACUGCACCUGAACAAGAAGAACGAGAUGCUGCGGGCCACGCCGGCCGCCGCCCUGUUCGGCGGCUCCUUCCUGUCCCAGCUGCCGGCCAUACCGCCGCCGCCGCCGCCGCCCCCGCCACCGCCGGCACCAUCAACGCAGCCGCCAUCGUCCGGCUCGAGCGGGGCCCAGCCGGGAGGGAGCGUCACGCCCGUCGGGCCGUUCGAUCUGAUCGCCGGGCUGCGCUUUCCGGCCGAGCUGGCCGCCGACAUGGUGCAGGGUGCGUUCGGGGGCGUCCGGCUCACCCACCCGCAGCAUCACGUCGGGUUGGGCGGUGCGGCACAUCAUCUACACCAUCACCACGGUGCCCAGCAGCAGCAGCAGCAGCAGCCGCAUCCCCAUCACCACCAUCAUCACCAGCCGGCGCUACAUUCGCUGUCACCGCCGGGUGCUGGGUCGCUGGGUGCGGCAACUGGUGGCACUGGCGGCACGAAGUCGUCCAAGGGCGGUGGAGCGGUCCGGCCCAAGUACUUCUCGCCCCAGGACAGCGACGAGCUGAACUAUCCGGACGUGCAGGACGAUGUCCACAAGAACAGGGAGUUCUACCGCAGCCACGACGUACGUCCACCGUUCACGUACGCGUCACUGAUCCGCCAGGCCAUCAUAGAAUCGCCGGAGAAGCAGCUGACGCUGAACGAAAUCUACAACUGGUUCCAGAACACGUUCUGCUACUUCCGGCGCAACGCGGCCACCUGGAAGAACGCCGUACGGCACAACCUGUCGCUGCACAAGUGUUUCAUGCGGGUGGAAAACAUUAAGGGCGCCGUGUGGACGGUGAACGAGGCCGAGUUCUGCAAGCGGCGCCCCCAGAAGCUCGGCAUCAUGCAGUUUAAGUUCCAGCAGCAGCAGCAGCACAACCAGCAGCAGCACCACCACCAUCCCUCCCAGCAGGGCGGCACCGGACACCAGGGCAGCAAGAAGAAGCAACCGUCCCCGGCAGUGACGCUCGCCUCGGCCGGGUCGUCGUCGUCGCCGCCGCCGCACCCGGGGUCGCCCCGUGCAGCGGCCGCCAUCGUCGCCAGUGUUGCCAGCACGCUCAAGCCGCCGCCGCCGCCGCCGCCAUUUUUCUACAAACGGUUCGUGGCUUUAUCGUACGACCUGUUUUUGUUUUGUUUUUGUGCUCUCCAUUUCUCUCUCCCUCUCUCUCUCUCUCUCUUUUUUUUUCGCUCUGUGCGAAGGAAUGUGCUAGAUAUUUUUGUUUGCAAACGAACGAUGGCAUCACUGCCGCCGUAGAACAAUGACAGCUGCUCUGCGCUCCUCCCUUCCCGUUGCGCGCACGACUUACUAACCGCCAUCACGCCAUUUUCCCAUGCGUGCCAUUGCGGUUCGUGUCUGCUUUGCAACAAAAAAAAAA